GAUACUAAGACCCUAAAUUUACUUAUUGGAACUCUGUCAGUUCAGUAGAGUACAUCGGUGUUAUUUUAUACGUAUUUUUCCACAUUUUCAUUUGUGAAUAGAUGCUGGGUAGAGUGACCCAAUUAUAAAACACAUGAUCAUCGGAUGUUGUUAAUAUUUCACAUACAAUAGCCAACAAACUAACGCAAAAACAAAAAUACGUUAAAAGGAAUAAAUGCAGGACUUUCAAGUUCGUUGAACCGAGGAGCGGCACCCGCCCAGGACAGCUCGCCUACGUCAACAGAAGUUGGGAUGCGCCCUGCUCGAGCAGAAACAUUCCCUGUCCGGUUUUCCCUCAGAACAAUUUAUUGGAAGUGACAUUUGAGGAGUUCGAAGACACACGCAGACGUUCGUAGAAAACGUUCAAACAGCAAAUAUCUUCCAGGUGAGACGUCAAACAUUUGAAGGUCUUCCUUAAAAAGUCAUGGUCCAGCGAAGGUGACAGAAUUACGCACAACGCAGAGACUUGGGACAACUUUCAACUUCCAUCGCAAAUGCGCUGAGAUGUACAGAGGAUGUUGGCAAGAAAGAGUAUAAUCCCGGAGGAGUUUGGCGUUCCGGGCCUCGCAUCGCGGAUUCACCGCAAACCCGUGUUCAGAGACCGGGUCAACAAAGCCCGCUUCAUCGCCAAGAGCGGCUCCUGCAACUUGGCGCACAAGAACAUCCGCGAGCAAGGUCGCUUUCUGCAAGACGUGUUCACCACUCUCGUGGACCUGAAAUGGCGCUUCACACUUGUGAUCUUCACCAUGACGUUCCUGUGCAGCUGGCUUCUGUUCGCCAUGGUCUGGUGGCUCGUGGCCUUCGCGCACGGAGACCUGGACAGCAAAGCCAGCGUGGAACAGUGCGUCACAAACGUGAAGUCCUUCACCUCCGCCUUCCUCUUCUCCAUCGAGGUCCAGGUCACCAUCGGCUUCGGCGGCCGCAUGAUCACGGAGCACUGCCCGGACGCCAUCGCCGUGCUCAUCCUGCAGAACAUCGCCGGCCUCAUCAUCAACGCCAUCAUGCUGGGCUGCAUCUUCAUGAAGACCGCCCAGUCCCACCGCCGUGCAGAGACGCUCAUCUUCAGCCGCCAUGCCGUCAUCGCCGUGAGGAACAACCGUCUGUGCUUCAUGAUCCGCAUUGGGGACCUGAGGAAGAGCAUGAUCAUUGGGGCGGCGGUGCGGCUGCAGGUGGUGAGGAAGACCACCACGCCGGAGGGGGAGAUCAUCCCCAUCCACCAGAUCGACGUGCAGACGGAGGGAGACGUGGCCUGCAACAGUGUCUUCCUGCUAGCACCGCUCAUCAUCUGUCACGUGAUCGACAAGAACAGUCCCCUGUACGACCUGUCGGCCAUGGAGCUGCAGUGCAGUGACCUGGAGGUGAUUGUGAUCCUGGAGGGCGUGGUGGAGACCACAGGCAUCACCACGCAGGCACGCACCUCCUAUGUCACCGAGGAGAUCCAGUGGGGCCACCGCUUCGUUCCCAUAGUGACGGAGGAGGAGGGCGUAUACUCAGUGGACUACUCCAAGUUCGGGAACACGGUGAAGGUGGCGACGCCGCGCUGCAGCGCCCGCGAGCUGGACGACAAGCCCUCCAUCCUCAUCCAGACGCUGCAGAAGAGUGAGCUGUCGCACCAGAACUCGCUACGCAAACGCAACUCCAUGAGGCGCAACAACUCCAUCAGGAAGGGCGGGGCCUCGGCCGCAGGGGGUGGGGCCAUGAGGAGGAAUAACUCCGCCCUCGCCGUACCCAAGGUGCAGUUUGAGGGCAUGCAGAGUGUGGCGGUCACAUGACACAAGCAUAGGCUUCUCUUACCGUUUGGGUGCUGGGGAGUUCCCAGCAUGCACCUCUGUGGCCUGGCGGAUGCAGGUUGUGUUUUCACCACUCCUGGUCUAGUAGUUUAGUACCUUAAUAUGUAACCACACAACCUGUGAAACACUAAUCACAAUUUAUGUUGACUGUAUGUUGUGCUUUUCACUCUUUCUCGUCUGAACACUGCUGUACUGGAGUCUGAGAAGGUGGUAUUGUAGCUGGAGAUCGAUGGUACUGUAGGUAGCGAUGCAACGUCAGUUUGGCGUUUCCUUGCAUUGCUUUGAAGCGUCUGAAUUCUAUACACAUCAAACUCAAAACACACGUUUGAUUUCAUUCUGUUUAAUGUCUCAGUGACCAAAAAAUAUGUUGCAUUCCAACAUGAAAAUAAAUAGUUUCAAGUGCCUCAUACUGAUUUUUCUACCCGCUAUUAUUCCUUGUUUAAUACUUUCUUUUUUAUUAGAGCUAGGCUUUUGAGUUUUGUAAUUUUUUCUUAAACUGUAAGCUUACAAAAAUAAAUUAAACUUAUUGAACAAUUGUUCCGUGCUUGGUCGUGACUAAUUUCACGUUCCAGUUGAACCGCUCUACCUCUCUCAGCUACUAGACGAGGCUACAGGCUAACUGCUAACAGACUCCACCUCACCUGCGGUAGGAUAUCUUCUCUUCUUGUUUGACCAAAUCAGGCUUUUGUUAAACUGCUUCAAACGUGCGUGAAUGUGAAAUAGUACGUUAGCCAAAUGUAUGAGUCAAAUAAAUUAUAGUCGACUACAAGAAAUGAACCAGUACGUCUUAAUGUAGGCUACGUGCCGAAUAUUUAAUGUUGAGACGGGGUUUCAUGUUGGCUUGAUAGCCAGAUGAAGAUAUGUGGCCCGUGCGUUUAGUACAAGCGGGGUCGACUUAGCUACAUUACUGCAGAACAUUGCACAAAAUAAGGAAAUAUUUGGAGUCAAGUGAACAAGAGUCGGUUUUGUAAAUUGAAGUUGAGAUACUAUGUUGGCAGAAUAUCGGUGUAGUUGGUACUCGCUGUACUGCUGGACAGAUCUACGAGGCUCUGACCCGCCGAUAAACUAGCUACAUGCGGUUAGUCCGUUCAAAGCAGGUUUUGGUAGCUAGUGACAUUAAUAUUAGUACUUAGAAAUGUAUUUAUUUAGUUGAAUGGUUCUGUGUUGGCUUUGAAACGAUUAUUACAUUGUCAGUUGUGUCAACUAGUAUUUGUUUCGUCAAACAUCCUUCUGAAGUUUAUUAAAAUCAUCAAGAAAAACGGUCAAUGUCGCCAUCUAGUGGCAGACAUGAAGAGCGUGUGAUUUGAACUCUUCUGUCGAUUUAUAAAGUGUAGGACUAGAAGUGUGGAGGCACUCUGCUAGGCUACUUGUCGGGGAGGAAAAGUAUUGAAUGUGGGUUAUAUCCUGAUUUAACUGCGAACACUAAUAUUCGUACAAUCACAAACGCAAUUGUGUGUAUUACAAAAGUGCAAUCUUGAUUAAAACAAAUAUGUACACUAUAUAUAUUAUUAUUAUUAUUAUAUAUUUCAUAGUUUUGGAUUUUCCCUCCCUGGUGAGGAGGGCUACAGUUACAACCAGCCACACCAGGACAACCAAGACUUGAAUUGCAGUGAGGAACGUCCACCCAGGACCACGUCUAGCUAGUCACAGUAGGAUACAUAAACGCGGGUCGCUGGCACUGGAACCCACACUGGUCACCGGCUCAAAUUGAAGUUCAAGUUUUGGACGCCAAAUGGCAAGAAGAAUCCCACAGUCCUCCAAUCCCGGCCCUGACUUUCUCCAGGAGCCAGACAUCCCCUCCUACCACACUCCCCGACCAUCUGUGUUCAUCGCCGGCAGCCCCAGAUAACUGCGAGACUCGGCGUCGUUGCAGUUUGUAGCAGACGGAGAAAACAAAUUAAAUGAAGCAUGGGGACUUCAGGCGCUUGGGGUACUAAGGCUGUGCGUACGCGUUUAGCUCAUAUCUGCAAUAACUCAUGUUCGUGCUGCCCAUAUUAUUUGUGAGAUAUUAAUGUAUUUCUAAAAAGUGCAGCACAAUAUGUAGGCUAUUCUAUAUACUGCAGUUUAACUAGCGGACAUUCAUUGUUGAACACUUUUCAUUGUUCCGCGUUUCCAUAUGAACUAAUCUCCUAUCCGCGGGGAUGUAAACCCUGGAGAUGAUCUCCGUAGAUUCGUCCAUCCUUCCACAUGUAGAUCAGUGCGGCCAACGUUGCUCUAUGGAGGGCAUGGUCACAUCCCAGCAUGCAUUGCAAAACCGAUAACGUAGAUAAUAUUUGACUAAAGUUGAAUUAAAACACACUGUUGUGUAUCAUAUAAGUAAACAAACAUUAUAACUGUUGACAGAUACACUUAUGGCAACUCAGGUCAAUAACUGAACAGUUUUACGUUUUAAACCGUCUCUUCGUUCAGUACGUCUCUUAGUUUGGUCCUCUGGGUUUCAACAUGUUAAAUCAGCUUUGCGCAGUGGCAGUAUCGUAGCCUAUGAGGUUUAUCCGAGGCGCGAUUAUUGCUAGUUGAAAACUUUACCCAAUACCCCGCCGUGACGACUUGAAAUAUAGUCGGCAUUGGCAAUUUUUGACGGUUUCUAAGGAGACUGAUCUUACUGUUCAAAAUAGACACACUGGGAGACUAAAAUAGUCGGAAAGAUUGUGUCGAAGCGUUAUACUUUAAUGUUUGAAACUGGUAUUCAAAUUUACUUAAAAUGGAAGGAUAGGAUAAUGCAAAUUUUACUGGUGAUUGUUUGUCGCAUGGUAUCGUGUCAUAUAUCUUCUAUUAUUACUAAACGGCACUUACACUUUUUGUCUGUAUUGCUUAGUAACUUUAGUAUUAGCAUACCUAAUUAUAAAUUAGUUGCACGUUUGUUGCCCUAUGUUGCUUGUUUGUGUGACUUGUAUAUCUAUCUAUUCUUCUAUUCUUAUUCCGCUCGGUAGGAAGUUACUCGCACUCAGUAAAACAUUGAGCUCACUAACCAAUCGAAGAAGCGAUGGCCAUUUUUUACCGUAAGUAGGCUACUUUAUGUAGGCUAGUUCACGUUUGUGCCUCUUAUUACA